UGCCAGGCGGGGGAUUCGGCAGUCCCACUCCAGCAGAAAGAAGGGGGCAGCUGUCCGUUUUCCUUUUCUAGCCUGCACCUCCCUUCCCUGCCUUCAGCUUCCUGAGCCCUUUUCCGUCCCCACCUCAGGGAGAACAAAAGACAAGAAAAAAAAAAACACUGCUAGAGGAUAAGGGGGGUAGAAACCCUGACAGACGGCACCUUAGCUUUGAACCUCUUGACAGUAAUGGAUGGCAGCCUUUACUCGCCUCGCUUCUGAGAGGACCUAGGUAGCCAUUUUAAUUAAGGGAGCCUUCUUCCUUCAAAUCCAUUCAAACACAGGAAGACAGCAGCUCUUUUUACUAAGGGCAAACUGCCUGAUAAUUGCUGCUCAUGUGAUCACCAGCCUUUUACACCAGAGCCAUCUCAUGCGGAAGCAAGACUGAGCGUUUGCAGACCCUUGGCUCCUGUUCUGUGUCCCUCCCUUAAGAUUUCCUACUCAUCAGCGAAGUCUGCAAGAGCAACCACCUGAUUUGGCAGUAUGAAGCCUGUUAUUGUGGUUCAUGGUGGAGCUGGCCGCAUCUUUAAAGAUCGGGAAGAAGGAGCUCGUUCAGGUGUUACCACAGCAGCACUGAAAGGUUACAGUAUCCUUAAACAAGGAGGCAGUGCAUUAGAUGCAGUUGAAGAAGCAGUGACCUCAAUGGAAGAUGAUCCACAUUUUAAUGCAGGCUGUGGAUCUGUUUUAAAUGAGAAGGGUGAAGUAGAAAUGGAUGCCAUUAUCAUGGAUGGAAAAAAUCUAGCCUCAGGAGCAGUAUCUGCAGUUAAAUGUAUAGCUAACCCAAUAAAGCUUGCUCGUCUUGUCAUGGAAAAGACAGAGCACAUGUUGCUGACUGACCAUGGGGCAAAGCUUUUUGCCAAGGCCAUGGGUGUUCCUGAGAUUCCAGGGGAGAAACUUAUAACAGAAAGAUCCAGGGAGAGAUGGAGCAAGAACCUUGAGCCAGAUUCUAACCCUCAGGAGUUUAAAAAAGACCCUGGAACAGUUGGUGCUGUUGCUAUAGACAAUGAAGGAAACGUAGCUUGUGCAACAUCCACUGGGGGACUCACUAAUAAACUGGUUGGCCGAGUCGGUGAUUCAGCAUGUAUAGGAAGUGGAGGCUAUGCUGAUAACCAUGUUGGUGCCACCUCUACCACAGGACAUGGAGAAAGCAUGAUGAAAGUGGUCCUAGCCCGACUUAUUCUCUAUCAUAUGGAACAAGGAAUGUCACCGGCGGAGGCUGCUGACACUGCAUUGAAUUAUAUGAAAACCAGGGUGGGUGGAUUAGGAGGUGUCAUAGUUGUCAGCAAUUCAGGGGACUGGGCAGCAAGAUUCUCCACCAAGCAGAUGUCUUGGGCUACAGUGAAGGAUGACCAAUUGCAGUAUGGCAUUUACACUGGGGAGAUACAUACGAGCUCUGUAUGCAAUUCUGGGGAUGAAGAAAAGUGGACAGUACAGCAGGACAAAGAUCUCAGUCUUCACGGGGUGCAGUAAAAAUUGACGUUAUCUUUCUGAAAAGAUUUAUCCUCUAUUAAAUGUUCCCAGAAUGCACCACAUUUUACAAGCAAACUGAAAGAGGUACUGGACUUAAAGAUAAUGGAUGUGGAUAUGGUGAUCGUUUUCAAUGUCUCUAGAAAGCACCAGGGCUGGUAUCCUCUUUUCAAAAACCAGAUAGAGUACAGGUGUGUAAAAGGGCGUCCCCUCAUGUCUGGGCCUAGCGCAGAUGGCUCUCUUCUAGCACCCUCUGCCGACAGUUGCGCCAGCCCUGUAGCGGUCUGCCUCUUCUUGUGACUCAGCCUCUCCAGCCAGGUUCCAUCCCUUCUAGGGUAGUGAAGUCCAACAGAUAUUCUAAUGUCCUUACGAAAGGUCUUCAGCCCUGAUUCUGGCCCCCUGUGGUCCUUAGAGCUGCUUAUCUCAGGGCUGUCAAAAGUCCUUUUCCACUUAUAUCAGGGGCUUCAUGCCACCUUCCCUGAUGGCCAGCAGGGGAACACAGGUCCUCCCCCUACACUAGGUUCCAGUCCAAGGACCCUACAACCAGCAGCCAAAGUCUACCAUGUCAGACUCCUUACUGCUGCCUCUUUGGACUUCUUCCUACCAAGUCUGUCAGCAGACCUCUCUCACAACCUCUAUAAAUUUACCCUCCUUUCAGGGUCAGAACUUCCCCCUGGAAUCUGCCAGUAAAUCUCAUACCAAGUGUACAAUUUAACCCAUCUUCACUUUUCAUGCCUCCUAAGUUUCCCUUAUACAGUCCCUCAGUUAACCACCUGCCAGGGCUCUCUUUCAGGAAGUCCAGAUCCUGUCUUUUAUCAGAGCUCAGCCCAUUGAAGCUUGUUUGGUCCUAGUGGCUGUACUGUGUCUCACCUGGCCUCUUGCUAGACUUCUCUACCCAUAAGAGGGUCCCAGGGCCAACCUUCUUCCUAGACUUCCUCCUCAACCCUCAGGGUCUUGCUAUUCUCUUGUACCUGAGGAGUGAAUGCAGAAUUCUUCUCUCUCCCUGAAGGUCCCCUCUUUCUUUUUCUUUCUGCUUCCUUUUUUAUGGUGCAGCAGUCUCCACCUAUGAGGCUAUGACUGCCACCUACAGCAGUUUUUGUAUAAGCAAAAUCGAUAUCCUCUCACCCAGUACUGUAUCCUUAAAAAUCAAAGAAAUUCUUUUUUAAUACUACCCCACUUUCCAAUCGUUUCAGACUAUAUUCUUUCACCUUGGGUGCGUCUCAGUUCUUCAUAUAGAUUUUUUCUUUUUAUGUAACUGCCCUUGCAUUGCCACAGCAGAUGCUUAACUGUUUCUUGGACUAUAGGUGUCCAUAACCCAUUUUGUGCUUGUUUAGUAAAUAUAAAUUACCAUUCAGGUCAGAGUGACCUGUUAGCCCUCUAAAUGUAUAGCUACUUCACUUCUUCUAUCAUAGCUAUUAAGUAUACCAAUAUCAUCAAGUUUAGGACAUUUGUGAUAGGACCCUUGUCCUUUUUUUCUCUUGGGUUCAUAGUUCUUGACAUUCCUUCUUAAGUUCUCUCUUAACCAAACUUUUGAAGUCCUGUAUACUCAGAGGGCUCUUUAUGUCAAUCUCAUUUUAAGGCAUUUUUCACUGCUUUAUCUGCCAUUUUGGUGCCCAGUAUCCCAGCAAGCACCAGAAUCCACAAUAUUAUGAUAGGUAUACCCAAUUGUACUCUCUUUAGUUAAGAAUAAUUGAUUGAACCAGUGCUGCUUUCCGAGGCUUCCUUUCUAAUCACCAUUAUACUUGAUAUACCUGUCAUAAUGGCCACAAAAUUGCAUAGUCUCAUAGGUCUCUUAAUUCCAGAUUCAGAGAUACAAAAGUCCCUUCCAAAGCUGUGUUCUCAUCUCUAGAGCAGUCAGUAUAGAUUUGGCAAUGCUGACCCCAUUUGCCAUGUAUAAACUCAUAAAUUAUAGCCGUCGUAUUUGAUAGUCCUGCUCUUACCUUUGUUGUAUCAUAUAAUUUCAAAUCCACACCUGGAGAGACAACCAUCCAGCUACAGGUUGAUUUCCCAUGACUAAGAUUUUUAUUUCUUCCAGACCUUCCUUUUAACCCACCUUUUGACCCUGUUUUCAGGUGGGAGUUUGUGCCUACUUAAUUCCCAACUGUCUCGUAUAUUUGUUUAGUACUCUUAUCUUUGCUAGUUCCAUUAACCUUCGCUGAAAAGGUUAAAUCUAACAAUUUCUACCUAAAUUUAUAGGCAUUUCUUGGGUUGCUACCUGCAGCACACACGAGAGAUUCCAGAGUUGUGAUACUUGCACAACAUGUGAUUCCCAGAGCUUCGCUUGGAUCUUGGGCUCUGACUUAAAAAAAAAUUUUUUUAAGUGUUGUUUUAGAAUUUGAUUUAAAGUCUUGGUAUCCAUAAUCUGUAAAUGGUCUUAUUAAUGCCCUUUACAGCAUCAACAGUUUGUUCUUAUCUGCACCCCGAGUUGUUCCCAGCAAUACUUGUAAGCAGAUUCAUCCUAUCUUUAUAGUUAAUUCUGAUAUCACCAUUAUACUUGAUAUACCAUAUAUCUGUAACCCUUCCAAGUUAGUUUAUUGAACAUAACUCCUAAGAAUGUAACAUUUUGAACUACCUGAUUUUUUCUGAAAAGAGAGAGAGGUUCCAUUCUUCCCCAGUCUUCCUUUUUGGUGAAGAUCUUGCCCUUUUUGUUUGGGCAAGUGAGAACCUAAAUCCCCAAGUAUCUCCCCAUUCUGAAAUUCCCAAGUGCCUCAUUGGUUCUCUCCACAGCUAUCUUAAGUCUUCUAUAUUUGGCCCAUAUAUCACAGUCAUCCGCAAAUAGACCAAUACCUAUUCCUGCCUGUAUACUCCCCGGGAGAGCAUUAAUAAUAAUAUUAAACACUGUUGGGCUGAUAACACUCCCCUGUAAAAUGCCAUUAGUAAAUUUAUAAAUAUUUGACAAACUGCCCCCCCCCCCGACUUGCAUGGUUCUACCACUUAAGCAAUCUCUUAUCCACCAAAACGUUGUUCCUCUUACUUCAACUGCGGCUAGUUUAUACAUCAAGCUUCCCUCCAUAGCAUGUCAUACGUUUUUCGGUGUUCAAAAAGACAGCUAUCAAAAUCUGGUUUGUAUUUGUUUCUAAUCUUACAAUAUGAUCAAUUAUGCAUCUUCCUUUCCAGAAACCACUUUGUACACGGUUUAUAAUUUCAUUUUUUCCAAGUACACUACUAAUCUCUCAUUUAUCAGUCUUUUCAUAAUGUUGCCCACACAGGAUGUCAGGGCAAUAGAUCCAUAUGCAUGAGGUCUUUGCAUAAUUUGCCAGGUUUUCCUAUCAAUAUAACUCCCGCUUAAUUCCAUUCUGCUGCCAGUAUUCCUUUUCCCCAUAUUCUAUAAUUCAGUAAAACAAGUGCUCUUCCAGUAGGUGCUUAAGCAUUGCCUUACAUAUGUUAUCCUUACUUGGGAUAGUGCAUUUUUACUUUUGCCUGUAGCUUUUUUGAGUUCCUGUAUGCUGAAAUUUUCAUUCAGUACAUCAUCUUUAUAUUCUACCCUGUCAUGUAAGAGCUCACAAUUUUCUUCAGCAAACAUUUUUUGUUCACCAAACUCCUUUCUUUGAUUUUUAUCACUACUAACUUUUUGGAACUCUCUUGCUAAAAUAUUCAUUUUUCCUAAGUUAGAAAUGUCAACUUUAUCAUUUACUAUAAGACCACGUAUAAAUUUUUGUUUUUACUCCAUAUCCCAUUCAUUCUUUUAAAUUGUUUAUUUCUCUCUGAAACCUUGGAAUCGUUGUUCAUUUUCCCACAAUACUUUCUCCAGCUCUCUUGCAUUUUUAAUUCUUUGCACCACUGCUUUACAUCUUUUAUAGUUCAUUAAGUCCUUGCUAUUCAUUGUACUUUUUGCUUGUUUGUAUAUAUUUCUUUAAUUGUUGCUUGACAACCUUCGUUCCACUAGGGAACUGGAUAUCUGAGUUUCUGGCAGUUUGGUGUCUUACAUAUAGCUAGGUUGGCUGCUGUUACAACUCCCUUUAUUGUAUUAUCAUGAAAUUCCUCUAGAUUAUCACUUAUACAAUUGGAUAUUAGAUAUUCAGCACAUUUACUGUUAGAGUCCCCAGUUUGCCUUUCUAAGGCUCUAGGUAGGAAUUUCUUCAGUGUUUUCAACAUUACCUUGGCCUCUUUAUAGAUUUCCCAGCUGCAUUUACAUUCUAUAUUGCUUGUUGCAAUUCUCAGAUCUAAACAUACAAAGGCUCUAUCCACAGAAUUAAACCUACUAGGUGCUCCAGUAUCGAGCAAUACCAGGCUGUGCAGUUCAAUGAAUUGUUCCAGGCAUUUGUCAUUAUAAUCAGUUUUCCUGCUUCCUCAUAAUUCAUUAUGGCUAUUAAAAUCUCCACAAAUAAUAUCCAGGCCUUUGACACCCUUAACUAACUCUUCCAAUUCUAGAUUGUCUAGGUUUUUUUUUAGAUGGGUUGUGAAUCUUAGUGGUUUGUAUAAAGGCAGUGCUAUUCUGCAGAGGAAUCUCAACAGCAUUGUACUCAAAACUUACGUUCUGUACAUCUAUGUCAAUGUAACUAAGACCUUCCUUUAGAGCAGGAAGCGUCUUUAUAGUUGUAGUUAUUUCUCUGUCAUGUCAGAUUAUAUCGUAUCCUGGAAGUCUAAACAUAAGUUCUCACUAACCAUGUUUCUUGUACAUGUAUCACAUCAAGGAUUUUUUUUUUCAUUUAAAGUUUCCUUUAAUACCUGACCAUGUGUUAUUAAACUACGUACCAGCAAAAAAAAAUAAAAUAAAAAAAUUAGAAACACAUUGCUUAAACUGCAUUACUGUACCUUCAUUUAAAAUUGCAUCAGUGUGUUCUAUUGAGAGAUGGCCUAUAUGUAAAUACUGUUUUGCUACUUUUGGUAUUCUUUCAGUCUUCUUUCCUGUCUGUAAAGUGCAAUUAUUCACUUCUGUCAUAAAUGCUAUAAAUUUCUCAUUGUACUA